GCAAACGGGGGAAUAGAAUAGGGAAGUCCAACUAGAAGUAGGAAAAAAAUCAGUUGUUGAGCAUAUCGACCAGUGCUAAUUUUUCAGGAGUACAAACUCAUUUUCGGGGAUUUUGAAUGGAUUUUGGAUAACUAUAUAUAUAUACAUUAUCAGCUGUUUCCAUCCUCCAUUUCUCAUGUUAGGUCGAAUAUCAGGCACAGGGGCAUGGACAGGAAGCUUUUUUGUUGUUUCUGUAGGGCCCCCAAGCCCCCGAACGAUGAAGUUGUGUCAUGGCGACAGUCCCUCAAAAAACUUCUGGAGUGUAAAACAGGGCAGCUGGCCUUCAGAGAGUUCCUGAAGACAGAGUACAGCGAGGAGAACAUCUUGUUCUGGCUGGUCUGUGAGGAAUACAAGACCAUCACCUCCAACACUGAGAUGGCUGAAGCAGCGAAAAGAAUCUACACAGAGUUUGUACAGGUCGACGCCCCCAGACAGAUAAACAUCGACUGUGAGACCAGGCAUGAGAUUACAAACAGCAUGUCUCAGCCGACCCUGAGCUGCUUCGACAAGGCCCAGAGAGUGAUAUACAAGCUGAUGAAAAAGGACAGUUAUCCCAGAUUCCUGAAAUCUGAAAUCUAUCAGGUUCUUUUAGAACCAUCAGACGCCAGCUGAGGUUCCAGGACCAGGUGAAGAAUAAUACCUGUCUACAACCAUCAGGCUGUGGGCUGACAGUGAUUCAACUCUCUCUUCUCUAACUACCUGUCCGUGUUAGUUCAGCGUGGUUUAACUUUGGGCUGGAGCACAAAACACAGGGCUCUCUCUAAUGAUAAUUCAUCAUCUAGCUUAGUGGCUCCCAAUCGUGUUCUAUUAUUGUAAAGCGGGAUAAUCUAUCCUUGGGAAAAUGCUACAAUUAUAGAUAUGAUUAAACAUUUUAUACUAUAAAGACUUUAUUUAUAGUGUAACGUAUUAUGUAUGUUUUAUAACUUGUAUUCUUUUUUACAAGGUUAGUAUUAUCCAUUGGUUAUCCAUUGAUUGUUACUUUGCACAUGAGCUGUAAUUAUUUAUGGUAUUUUCCCGCUGUCUAUGUAAAUGAGGAUAUGUCAGACUUGCCAUUAAUGAACAAGACAACAUUUAUGUUGAUUUGUUCAUUUCUGUGUUUCUGUCUAUGACAGGAAUUCAACAGGCCAACCAAUGCAAUUUUGUGUGUGUGUGUGUGUGUGUGUGUGUGUGUGUGUGUGUGUGUGUGUGUGUGUGUGUGUGUGUGUGUGUGUGUGUGUGUGUGUGUGUGUGUGUGUGUGCGUGUGUGUGUGUGUGUGUGCGU